AUGAUGGCUGCAGUCAAAGCACGACCUCCCCAGCAAAUCAUCAUAGUCGGCGCCGGCUUGGCAGGUCUCUCAGCUGCCCAUGCCGCACUGAAAGCCAGCCCUUCCGUCUCGGUCCUGCUUCUUGAGCGAGCAGCCAAACCAGGCGGCAACAGCAUCAAGGCAUCAAGUGGCAUCAAUGGGGCUCCAACGCGAUUCCAAACGCAAUGGUCCGACUCGGCCGCCCUGUUUCGUGAUGACACGCUCAAGUCGGCCGGUGCACGUCUGAACUCUGCCGGGCUUCUGGAUCGUCACGGGAGAGAAAGCCUAAUCAGCACCCUGACGGAGAACUCCGCAGCCGCUGUCGACUUUCUUCACGACGAGCUCGGCGUCGAUCUGUCCGUGGUUGCCCAGCUCGGAGGACACAGUGUUCCGCGAACGCAUCGCGGGGCAGGAAAUACUCCGCCUGGCUAUGCUAUCGUCUCGGCACUUUUAGCAAAGUUGCUGGACGAAGCGGGCAAGGACGGCCGGUUCGAGCUGCGGAAAAACUGCGACGUCACAAAGCUCUUGACAAAGCCGGCCGACGACGGGCAGGUUGCGGUGGUAGGAGUGGAAUACACCGACGGCGUCCAGACCCAAGACUCCGACCAAACCAAGGCAUCUGCCUCGGGCCCUGUGAUAUUUGCCGCUGGUGGUUUUGCCGGCGACGCCACGGGUCUCCUGAUCAAGCACAGGCCCGACCUCGGCCCCCUUCCAUCUACAAACGACGCUCGUCCGGCCACGGCACUGGAUAUACUGGAGGCUGAUGCCAAAGCCGUCCUUGUCGAUAUGGAUAGUGUCCAGGUGCACCCGACCGGGUUCGUCGACCCGGCUAAUCCGCAUUCCCCUGUAAAGAUCCUGGCCGCCGAGAUGCUGCGUGGUGAAGGAGGUAUCAUGCUGCGUCAUGGGAAACGUUUCGUCAACGAGAUGGAGACACGAGAACAUGUCAGCUCCGCCAUCAUGGCCCAGCCGCCGUCUGAGGCAAAAGCCGUGCCCAAGCAGUGGGACGUGACUUUGCUUCUAGAUCCCGGGACAUGCGACGCUGCAUCGGGUCAUCUAGGCUUCUACACGUCCAAGGGCCUCAUGGCCAAGAAGAAGAUCAGCGACCUAGACGAGACCACACGCCAGACACUACGGGAAUAUAGCAGCAUUGCGGCUGGCGAAAAGCCGGACCCCUUGGGGCGCAAAUCUUUUGGGCGCUGGAGCCUGAAGCGCGCGGAUGUAGACGGCGACAAGGAAGUCUGUGUCGGGCGGGUGACUCCCAUCACGCACUUCACCAUGGGGGGAGCGGCCAUCGACGACAAGGCCCGGGUUCUGUCGUCUGUGGCAAAAGGUCGUCCUAUCGAGGGUCUCUGGGCAGCUGGAGAGAUCACGGGUGGUGUACAUGGCGACAACAGGCUGGGCGGGUCCUCGCUGCUCGAGUGUGUGGUCUAUGGCCGUAUCGCGGGCCGUGAGGCAGCGAGUUAUGUCGACUCAAGAAGAGAGACAUAG